CACAACUGUCAGUCAGGAUACGUGGCCCGAAAAUUUGUGGAGAUUCUUGUGUUGUUUAUAUUUUUAGUGUGUGAAUACGAUAAAAUAAAAUAAAACUGAAAUAAUUAUUACACAAAAUGAUGAAUCCACAAUAUCCACCACCAGGCCAAAAUAAUAAUGCUCCAAAUAAUCCACUAAACUAUCCUCCUUCACAAGAUUAUAAUGGCAUUCAAAAUUCUAAUAAUUAUAAUCAAAUGCCCCCUAAUAGUUCCCAAAAUGAUAUAUCCAAUAAGAUGCAAAAUAUGAAUUUAAAUGGGCCACAGGGAUUUAUACCACCAUCUCAACUGCCACCAGGUCAGUUACCUCCGAAUUUUCCACCUACAUCUAACUUUAACCAAAUGCCAUCUGGUGUUAAAUCAUUGCAAUCUGGAAGGCCACCUGUCACUAGUAUGCCUCAACAAUUCCCUCCUUCUGUGGCCCAAAAUCCUCCAUCAUCUACUCCUGGACCUCAGUUCAACCAACCACCUACAUCUAUGCACAUGCCAAAUCCUAUGCAACAACAACCUGGAAUGCAGAGCCAGACAGGGAUGGCACCGAUGCAACAAAAACCUCAAAUGCCACUUCAGUAUGGACAAGGUCCUCCAACUAGUCAACCAGGAUUGAACCAACCCCAAAUGAGGCCUGAUCAAGGGUCACUUGGGCAAAACAUACCAUCAAAUAUACAAAAUAGAGGGCCUAUGCCUAACCAGCAUUUUUCACAAGCAAGUGCCAUGCCACCACCAAGUCAGCAGGGUUCAAUGAGGCCUGAAACUCAAGGACCUCCUAGCAUGCAGAAACCUUUACAACAAACAAAUAUACAGCAAUCCCAUAUGCCACAACAGGGAUUGCCUAUUCAACAGUCUGUGCCUCCCCAACCAGGCAUGCCUCCUCAACCAGCAGUGCCCCCCCAACCAAGCAUGCCCCCACAACAAAGAUUGCCACAGCAACCAGGCAUGCCACCGCAGCCAGGAAUGCCACCGCAGCCAGGAAUGCCACCGCAGCCAGGAAUGCCACCGCAGCCAGGAAUGCCACCGCAGCCAGGAAUGCCACCGCAGCCAGGCAUGCCAUCACAACCAGGAAUGCCACCACAGCCAGGAAUGCCUCCACAGAUUGGCAUGCAUUCUCAACCAGGCACGGCUCCACGAUCAGGAAUGCCUCAGCAACCAGGCAUGGUUGCACAAUCUGGAAUGCCUCCACGGCCAGGAAUGGCUCCGCAGCCGGGAAUGCCUCCGCAGCCGGGAAUGCCUCCACAGCCGGGAAUGCCUUCACAGCCGGGAAUGCCUCCACAGCCGGGAAUGCCUUCUCAGCCUACCAUGCAUUCACAACAAGGAAUGCCACCACAACCGGGAAUGCCUCCACAGCCGGUAAUGCCUUCUCAGCCUACCAUGCAUUCACAACAAGGAAUGCCACCACAGCCCGGAAUACCUCCACAACCAGGGAUGCCACCACAGUCAGGCAUGCCCCCCUCAUCACAGUACAAUCAGUUCCAAUCUAUGCCUGGUAUGCCUCACAUGCCACCACCCUUAAAUCAGCAGGGACAGUUUACUGCACCACCACAAAAUUCUCAAUAUCCAGGAAUGCCCCCAUUGCCUCAACAAAACUAUCAGGCAGGUUCAGGAUAUCCACCACCUUUCCCAGCCCAACAGCCAAGUUAUGGACAGCAGCCAUACCAGCAACCUCAACAAAGGAGGCUUGAUCCCGAUCAGAUGCCAAGUCCAAUCCAAGUGAUGUCCGAUGACCAAAAUAACCGCAGUGGAGUAUUUGUAACCAACGAUAAAGGCUUAGUGCCUCCACUUGUCACCACUGACUUUAUUGUUGAUGAUAAAGGAAAUGCUAGUCCCAGAUUCAUAAGAAGUUCCCUGUACAGUGUUCCCGUGACUAAUGAUCUUCUCAAACAAACAUCCAUUCCCUUCUGCCUUGUUAUUGCCCCCAUGGCAGAGACAGUGGGUACAGAACAGGAGCCGCCAUUGAUUGACUUUGCAGCCCUCACGGGGUCACCUAACAUGGGCCCGGUGAGAUGCAGUCGAUGCAAAGCAUAUAUCUGCCCCAAUAUGAAGUUCAUAGAUGCAGGCAGACAUUUUAAGUGUGCCUUCUGUAAAGCUACUACUGAGGUGCCAAUGGAGUACACGCAAUACAUAAACACAAUGCAACAGUACGGAAGACUUCCGGCUGAAAUAAGUGUCGGCGCCUACGAAAUUGUCGCUACUAAAGAAUAUUGUAGGAACAACACCCUGCCUAAUCCACCGGCAGUAGUGUUUGUAAUAGACGUAUCGUAUAACUCCAUGAAAAGUGGUCUUCUGCGCACUAUAUGUGACAAUAUUCUGGAUAUCAUUCAGGCAAUGCCAAAGGAUGAACAAACUGGCAAGUGUAUGACUCGAGUAGGCUUCAUUACGUACAGUUCUACCGUGCACUUCUACAAUAUCAAGGGUUCCCUUGCACAACCACAAAUGCUAUCAGUUGGUGACAUCGGAGACAUGUUUGUACCGAUCCUAGAAGGCUUCCUUGUGGAAGCUGAAGAGUCUGGACCAGUACUGGAGGCAUUGCUCCAGCAAUUACCCACAAUAUUUGCUGAGAACCAAAACACUGAAAUUAUUUUGUUGCCUGCUGUUCAGGCUGGUCUAGAAGCCCUUAAAGCGGCAGAUACCUGUGGUCAACUCUUGGUAUUCCACACAUCGCUUCCAACUUACAAUGCGCCCGGAAAACUUAUUAAUAGAGAAGACAGGAAACUUCUUGGAACAGAGAAGGAGAAGCAGAUCUUGAGUCCCCAAACAACAGCGUACAACGAGUUAGGCCAAGCGUGUUCCGCUGCGGGCGUGUCCGUCGAACUGUUCGUAUUUAACAACUCGUACGUAGAUACGGCCACUAUCGGACAACUGCCGCGAUUGACGGGCGGACAAGUGCACAAAUACACUUAUUUCACAGCUGAGACAGACGGCAGUCGUCUAUGCCGUGAUGUUCGUCGCGUAGUGACACGUAACACUGCUCACGAUGCAGUGAUGCGUGUACGCACGUCCACGGGCGUACGAGCGACUGACUUCUUCGGACAUUUCUUUAUGUCUAACACCACUGAUGUCGAAUUGGCUGCUAUUGACCCUGACAAAGCGAUAGGCGUCGAAAUAAAACAUGACGACAAACUGACGGCCGAAGACGGCGUAUACAUUCAAACUGCGUUGCUGUAUACGCAUCGAUCCGGUCAGAGAAGAUUACGUGUGCUAAACCUAGCACUCAAUGUGGCCCACCAGCUCGCUGAUGUGUAUAGAUCUGCUGAAUUGGAUACGAUGAUCAAUUUCCUUACUAAACAAGCGGUAUGGGCCCUUCGUGACGCCCCUCCCCGCGCAGUACGUGAAGGUUUAACAACGCGUUGUGCGCGUUCGUUGGCCGCGUACAGAAGACACUGUGCGUCGCCAUCUUCUGCAGCCCAAUUAGUCUUACCGGAGUCUAUGAAACUACUGCCAUUGUAUACUAGCGGUCUAUUACGGUCUGACGCUAUUUCUGGAGGUCCAGACCUAACUUGUGAUGACCGUUCCUGCGCAAUGUACCGUGCGUUGACAGCGGACGUAUCUCAGUCCGUAGUAUAUACGUACCCGCGUCUUCUUCCGCUUCAUACGCUUCCAAGUCCGCCUCAGCCGCUUAGAGCAUCUGUCGAUAAGAUGAGCGAUCAUGGGGUCUAUUUGCUUGAAAAUGGCGUCCAUAUGUUGCUCUGGGUUGGAUCACAAGCCUCUCUAGAAUUCGUCAAUGAUGUCUUCGGUGCUCCAUCUCCUCACCAGCUGAAUACCCAGGUCUGCGAGCUGCCAGAAUUAGAUAACGAGCUGAACAGAGCCGUUAGAGCCUUGCUAGAAGAUGCAAGGGAUAAGAGGAGAACUGCUAUGCGGUUAACGGUAAUGCGUCAGCACGACAAAUUGGAGGCAGUGCUGCGACACUUCUUGGUUGAAGAUCGUGGUGUGGAUGGGUCUUCCUCAUACGUCGACUAUCUCUGCCACAUACAUAAGGAAAUCAGAAAUCUUCUAUAGCGGUAUGAAAUGUAAAUAAGCCGUGGACAUUUCAAUGUUUGCAAUAAAGUGUUACGUCACGGGAUAUGUUAGACUGUUAAUGAAGUUUCAUAUUAGCCAAGAAUAAAAUUCCCUAUUAUAUUUCAUAACAUUUAUGUAUUUGGUUUACGUUACUACUACUUAAAAUAACACUAAUAUAAACGCGAAUUUGUUAAUUAGAUUUUGUGAGAAUAGAAAUCUGAUAAAUAUAAUUUUACAUAGGGUUGCUAUAAAAAUAAAAUACUUAAGGAAAUUUGGACUUCCGCAUUUGUGCUAUAUCUUAAUAUAUAUAAAUCUCCUGUCACGAUGUUUGUUCGCGAUGGACUCCUAAACUACUUAACCGAUUUUAAAUUAAAUUGGCACACCGUGAGCAGUCUGGUCCAACUUAAGAG